ACACCAAAAACUUGUGGAACACAAACAGACAAGUGAUACAAACAAAGGAGUACGUGUCGCCAUCUGUUUUCUACAUGUCUGAAGAACAUCAGAAGCAUGGCGGCGCCCACUAGCAGGAAUGUUUUAAGUCUUUAUAAAGAAAUGAUGCGAGCAAGUGAAAAGUUCUCGUCUUACAAUUACAAGUCAUAUGCUAUGCGCAAGGUAGCACAUUCGUUUAGGCAAAACAAGGGAGAAACUGAACCAAAUAAAAUUGCGCAGCUUUACAGCGACGCUGUAAAAAAUCUUGAGAUAAUUCAGAGGCAAGUCGUGAUAGGGGGGAUAUAUACUUCCAACAAAUCCGUUAUCGAAACAAACCACAAACACUAACUAACUCGUCAACACGACUGCAGAAGGUAGAGUCAUGUCAAGAGCAAUAUCUUGGACCUAUAUGGCAAGCUAAAGUAGGCACGCUCGUACCAUAUGGAAUCGGAUCAUAACAC